UGUUUUCAUUCGAGGUUGUUUUAAGAGGAAGUGGCUUCUUCUAUUUCUAAGAGCCCGCGAACUCCGUGUACGCGGUUGCGUAGGGAACAACGUUUUAUUACAUCAAACGCUAAAGAGUGCUUUCGAUUCGUAAGCUUGCGUGCUGCUCUUUCAAAGUAUGUCUGACUAUGAAUAUUUUCCAAAUUUUUCGUAGUAAGACAACAACACGACAGCAACCGCUAAAAAACCUCCCAAUUAAUGGUCCAAAAGAAGAUUUUUCGUAUAUUAUCGCAUAUAUUGUCGUAUAUCUUAUCAGUUCUAAGAAUCGAGUGCAAUAAUGCAACUUGAAGACGUCGCUUAAAUUGGACAAGAAACCUUUACUAAAUCGAAUUUGAAGUUGCAGCUGGCUUCAAUCCUGGCGUUCAGUGUAAGACGCAAGUAUUUGUGAUACGCAGCGUUGUAGACAGAGAAAGAAUUUUGUCUAAAACUUCCACAGGAAUUCACUCAUUUUCAACUGGCUUCGUCGUUAAAGUUGGCGUCGUAGAUCUUAAGGUCUUUGGUACCAUGACAUCCGGAAGAAAAUAUACCCUUACUUUUGUGCUUUUAUCAUACGGAGUGCUUACUUUUAUCUAUAUACUUGAAGAUGGAUCCUCACUCAGGGGAAUACAGGUGUAUAGGGAAUUUCCCUUUCAGGGUCUACACUGGCGCAAUAUCACCCACACCAAGGAGAAUCCACUUCGUCUACAGGAUGAAUUUUACGGUGAAGGUUGCGAGGCGAAUCCGUACCGCGAAGGACUUCAGAUAUUACUCCAGGAAUGGAGCCGCAUGGCUGAACGCAGAAACAUCAGCAAGUCUUUCAUAUGUUUUGGUUCCAUGCUGGGCUCCCUGCGUAAUGGCGAUGUCAUUCCCUUGGACACAGAUGCUGAUAUAUGCAUGUUACGAGACGAAUACCAUAAACUUUACGCUGAAGAAUCAAGAAGACCCUUGGACCUGAAUGAUGGAAAGAUUCGCUUGCUUCUUCAAAGGCAUUCUCCGCAUCCUUCAGCAGACACCCCCCGGGAAGACUGUAAUGGUAAAAUUGUGAGAACCACCACAGAUGAUUGUUCAAUUCUUGACCCGCACGCCCGACUGUACAUCCACUCCAAGAUUUACCUUGAUAUUUUUAUGAUCGAGGACCAUGGGGAUAUUUUUUGGGACGAAUAUAGAAAUGUAUUUCACAGGCGAGACGUUUUGUUUCCCUUAAAACCCUGCUACUUUCUUGGAAUGCCAUUAUAUUGUCCGCGAAAUCACACGCAGUAUUUAACAUCUUACUACGGCACGAAUUUCAUGGAACCUUUAACGAUAUGCAAAAGAGGUCGCUGGAUUCCAAACGCUAAAUCUAAGAAAGUGACCAAAUUUUUUCUUAUCUUUUUUAUUUUAAUUUCAGUUCCAUUUUUACGCAUAAUUGUUAGGCUGUUUCCCAUUUUGGUGUAAUUUAGUGUACAAGGGUUAUACAGAGAUAUACUCUGUUUCCCUUCGUUGCAUUAAUCUCCUAAAAGAAAAAGGUUGGUGAUUCGAACACUGAACUUCAAUAUUUUAAUUACAAAAUAAAACCUUUUCCUCACGAAUAGAUUGAGAUUUAAUGCCGAAUGCCAAUAGACCUUUUGCAUUAUAGACUACCUUUUUGCAUAUGCAAGGUAAUGUAAUCAAAUCACCACAGCUGAAAAAUGAAAAGAGCGUACCAAAAUUAGUAAAAAUGCAAAGUUUGGUUUCGCCGCAGUGUUGUAAAAUGCGGAAAAU